AUGAACUUGAAAUGCUUGUAAUGCACCAACAACGAUGUUUCUUUUUGGUGUUUGGACAAAUUUUGUGAGAAAAAUUUGAUAUGUGAUCAGUGUCAGGUUAGACAUGGGAAUGUAGAGAAAAUUUUUAAUCCGGUAAAUUAAUUAAAUUCUGAUGUUUAGAAAAAUAAUAUUAAAGCAUGGGUAAAAAAGAUGAUGAAACAGAUGUUGAGUAUUAUGGAAAGAAUUAAUAGAUAUUAAGAAGAAAUUGAAAAAUUAUUUUCUUAUACACAAUAGAAUUAAAAUCAAGAUAGAAAUGCAUUGAUUAAUCAAUAAUAGAAUUAAAAUGAAGAUGGAAAUGUAUUGAUUAAUCAAUAAUAGAAUUAAAAUCAAGAUAGAAAUAUAUAAGUUAAUCAACAAUAGAUUUAAUUAGAAAUCUAUUAAAAAAGAUUAAAUCGAUACUCCCAAUAUCUUCAAUUUAACCCCUAGAUCCAAUCUACCUUAUUUAUUUUAAAUAAUCAGCUAAAUAAUUAUUUUUUCCCUUAGAGUUACAAUAAAGAUGCAGUAGAUAAUUUACAAUAAUUAGAUAAUUGUAAUAAUAUUGUAUUCAUAUUAGGCAAGAAAUUAAUACAUGAUAAAUAUUAUGCCAAAGCUUCAUAAGAAAUAUAAAGUUUAGACCCAGAUGACUCUUAAUACUUUUAAAGUAUAUAUUUAGAGUGAUAUGUUAGUUGAAUUACUGAUCCUUCAAAAUAAUUUGAAACAUGCAUUGGAAUUGUCAGAAUAAGCUGUUAGGUCAAAUCCAACAUUCAAAUUGGAACUUUAACAAGGUUAGUAUCAAUGUAUAAUAUAUAGCUAAAAUUCUUCAUAAAUAAAAAUAAUACGCUUAGGCUUAAAAAAUUUUGAGGAAAUAUGAAUCAACUCAGGGGGAAAAUGAAUAACUUUAAUUACAACUUGGUAAGGAAUUUAUUAAAUUCAAGCAAAAACCAUAAUAAAAUGUGGCUACAUUGAUUUAGGGCGUUAGACAAUCAAUAAUAUUAAGGGGAGGUUAGAAAAUGAAAAUAAUAAUAUAUCAUAGGAAGGGAGGGAUUUUCUUAAAAGUAUUGAAUUUAGGUUGGCUUAUGGUAAUCUAAAAUUUAAUAAAAAUAGCAAAAGCCAACCUUUAGGCCAUUAGUGAUGAUAGAUGCAGUCAAAAUAGUUCCUAAUAAAUGAGUGAAGACCAAAAUCUACAAAAUAACUAAAAUAUAAAUGUAAUUAUUUUCUUUAAAUUCAAAGGAUGUGAAGACUACUUAUGAGAAAAUUUUAAAAGAAGAACCGACAAAUCAAAGUGCUCUAUAUGGAUUAAGUAUAUAUUAUUCUAAAUUAGGUUAAACUUUAAUUAUUUAAAAAGAAUUAAUUAAGGCAAGAGAACUGUUAUAUCAACUCAUAUAAUUAAAUCCGAAAUACCGUAAGGCAGGUAAAAAGCUCUUUAAUCUUAGAAAGGGCAUUAAUGUUCAUAAAAAUGAAAUUAUUAGAUCAACAAUAAGACGAUUUAGAAGGAUAGUUUGACACCUUUGGAGGAGUUAUGGGCUAUGUAUAUUAAUUUUGCUGUUCAAAAUUUGGAGGAGAUCAACAAUAAUAAUGAUAAGUGC